AUGACGCAAUCGCCGGCGUCCACUGCAGUCUCCGACUCUGGGAUGCUGGGCCGCCGCCUCGCGCUGCUCCUGGCGUCGACCCUCGCGCAGGUCUCGGUCACGGCCGUGGCGAUUGCAUCGGGGGCGUGCCUCUCAACCAAAGUCGACUUCUUCUGGCCUCGCAUCGAGCAGUUGCCAGAUACUCUUAUAUUUGAAGGAGUGGAGGUGACAGGAUACCAGAUAUUUGAGGAUCCAAAGGUGCAGAAAGCAAUAGAAUUUGCUAGUACAGCCCACCUUGGGCAAUUUAGGAGAACAGGAGAUCCAUAUGUUACACACUGCAUACAUACUGGAAAAAUUUUAGCUGCCUUGGUUCCAUCAACUGGAGAAAGAGCUGUUAACACAGUUGUGGCUGGCAUUCUUCACGAUAAUGUUUGUGAUACAUCAGAGAGCUUGAAGAGCAGUUUGGGGAUGAUGUUGCUAGCUUGGUAUCUGGAACUAUUGCUAUUGUUCAUUACUAUUUUCUGUGCGCUGCAGCUACUUCGCAGGCAUCGACAAAAAAAUACCGGUGGGAGCACUCUUACUUCAGAAGAAGCAAAUAAUCUACGUGUUAUGUUAUUGGGGAUGGUUGAUGAUCCUCGUGUGGUGCUCAUCAAGCUGGCAGAUCGCUUGCACAAUAUGCAGACAAUUUAUGCUCUUCCUGUACCUAAAGCUGAAGCUGUUGCUCAAGAGACAUUGGCUGUCUGGUGCUCACUUGCUUCUCGAUUGGAAGAUUUAUGCUUUGCUGUCCUUCAGUUCAUGCAACCAAGAAAAACCAAAUAUGAAGUUUUGCCAUUUGACAUCUUUUUGGAUCGGAAGAGGCGUUCAUACUUCCUUAGGAAUCUCAAUAGUAAUUCUGGAGAAUCUAUACCAAAUCCUAAGACGGUUGACGAUGCUGCUGUUGCAUUAGCAUCUUGUGAGAAAGAACUUGAGCAAGAAUUGCUCAUAUCAACAUCGUACAUACCUGGGAUGGAAGUGACUUUGUCGAGUAGACUCAAGAGCUUGUACAGUAUCUACUGCAAGGUGCUACUACUUAUAUACUGCAAAAUAUGUGUUGUUUGCUAUGGACUCCAAUUGAUGGGGAGUUUGAUGACUACAUUAUCAAUCCUAAGGGUAGCGGUUACCUCACUCCACACAGCAGUUCAGGCAUCUGAUAGCUCACCACUGGAGGUCCACAUUAGAACCCAGCGAAUGCAUGAGUAUGCAGAACAUGGACUUGCUGCUCAUUGGCUGUAUAAGGAGAGCGAAGUUGAGUACAGAAGUAGCAUGAGUAAGAGAAUAAGACAAAGUACAUCAUAUUCAUCUAGUUCUUCAGAAGAUGAAAGUUCUAUACAGGAUGAUAUCCCAUCAAAGUACAGUUCUAUGAAAGUGGGGCAUCCAGUGCUAAGAAUUGAAGGUUGUGACUUACUAGCAGCUGUCAUAGUCAGUAUAGAUAAAGGAGGAAAGGAAUUGAUUGUUGCUGUAAGUUUUAGUCUUGAAGCUUCUGAAGCUGUAGCUGAGCUAAGGUCAUCUUUUCAGUUGAAGCGUUGGGAAGCCUAUGCUAGGCUUUCAUAA